AUGUCAAAAAAACAACCAACUAUUUCACCAGUUUUAGAAAAUAUUGUAAAUUCACUUUUGCAAUCAUUGAGUGAUUCAGAUGAAAAUGUUAAAUCAACAGUCGUAAACAGUUUAUAUGAAAUUGGUUUUAGACAACCAAAUUUUGUUCUCCAUGUUGCAUGCGAAUUUAUUAAUAAAAAUCAAAAAAUUGAUUUAUCACACAGAGUCAAAAUUUUAACAAGUAUUCAUCAAAUUUUAGAACAAACUAGAAAUGAUAUUACAGACCAAUUAUCAAUGAAUUUAAUUCAAAUGUCAAUUUCUGAAAUGACUAAAGAUAAAGAAGUAGUACCAGAAUGGCAACAAAUUUCAUCAUCAUUAUUGGUUUCAUUAGGUUUACGUUAUCCACAAUUAAUUAUGGAUGAAUUGUUAAAACGUUUUGAACCAGGUACAAUUCCUCAUUAUUUCGUUAUGAAGACUUUAGGUGAUUUUAUUGGUUCUAAUCCAAUUCCAACUGUUCCAAAAGUUAGAGAAAUUUUAUCACGUAUUUUACCAGUUUUAGCAUCAAUUAAACACGAUAAUUUUAAAUGGGUAUUUGCUGCAGCAUUAGGUCAUUUUGCUGAUGCCAUUGUUUCUUAUGUUGCAAAUAUUGAUGCAGGUUCAGAUAAAUCAUUAACACUUUAUAGUUUUAGUUCAGAAUUUUAUCCAGCAUUAGAAUUAAUGUUUAGUAAAUGGCUAGGUACCAAUCACGAAAAAGUUAGAUUGGUUACAAUCGAAGCCGUUGGUUCAAUUUGCUCAAUUUUAUCAAUAGAACAAUUAGAAUCUCAAAUUCAAAAAUUAGUUAGUGGUGUAUUAGCAAUGUUAAAAAAAGAAAAAGAUUUAUUACCAGUUACUCAUUCAUUAUGUUGUAUUUUAGAAGUUUGCGUUAAAAAUGAUAUUAAAUUACAAGUCAAUGAAUUAUUAAUACCAAUGAUGCAAACAUUACACCCAUUAGUUUGUGUUGUACCAGAUUAUAGUAACCCAGCAUCAACUAAAACUUAUAAUGAAGUAUUAAGAUGUUUUGAAGUUAUUGGUAGAGGAUAUGUAGAUUCAUUAAUUUCAUUCCUUAAUAAUAAAUUAGAAAAUAGAGAUUUGAAAUCAAGAGCAGGUUCAUUAUCAAUUAUUCGUCAUAUGGUCACCCGUUUAGAUGUUGAAUUAACUGAUAAGAAACCAUUAAUUAUUUCAGCCAUCAAACCAUUAGUUCAAUCUGAACCAUCAAUUUUCAUAAAGAAAUAUUUAUCACAAAUUAUUGUUGCAAUGGCACCUUAUGGUUAUUUACACAUGGAAGGUGGUCUCCAAUUAAUUGAAUUCAUUAUCAAAGGUAGUAGUUUUGUUCAAGAUUCUGAACUUGGUAAAACUGUUGCACCACAACCACAAAAGAAAAUUGAAAAUCCAGAACUACAUGUUACAGAGCAAGAAUUACGUUCCAUCAGUGAUAACAUUUUAAAUCUUAUGACAACUACUAUGCCAGAUAUGGAAUCUGUUUUAUGGCCAUAUCUUUUCGAAUUUUUAUUACCAGAUCAAUAUACAGGUUCAAUUCCAAUUGUUGCAAAAUGUUUAACCUAUUAUGCUCAACAAAAGAAAGCAGCAGAUUCUGAUGAUUAUUAUAUCGAUUUCGAUAAAGAAAUUAAUUUACCAAAACCAACUCAAAUCAUUUCAAGAUAUUUUGUUUUGUUAACAGCUCCACUCCGUCGUAGUCAAUUAGGUAUUAGAAUUUUAGAAAAUAUGAAAGCUAUUGGCCCAAUUCUUCAUCCAUCAAUUUGUGAUAUGUGGGAUGUAACUCUUCCAAAAUUAAUCAGUUAUCUUGAGGAUCAUACCGACCCAGAUACUUGGAAUAAAAAUCAAUGGGAAGAAUUAACUCUACGUCUUUUAGCAGAAACAAUUAAAAAUGCCGCUGAUGAUGAAUGGACCGUUACUCUUGGUAACUCAAUGAGUGAACAAAUUGAUCACUAUAAAAAAGAUUCAUCUCUCAAAAGAUCACUUUAUAAACAAAUGGGUUUAAUCAUGCAAAAAUGUGCCCAUAAAGAAUUUGUUAAAUCAAAAAUCGAAGUUAUGUUUACAUCUGUAGACUACACCAAUGGAUUAGAAAAUGAAGGUUGUGCUAUUGGUCUUGGUUAUUGUGCUAGCAGUCAUCCAGAUAUUGUUUUAGAAAAAAUUAAUUAUCAUAUCAAAAAUACUAUGGUUAAGAAAUCAGGUUUCUUUGGUAAAAAAGGUCCAAAAGGUGUUAAAAACUGUAUUCUUUUAAGUUUGGGUUAUAUGGCUCAACACAUGGCAUCUAAUAUUUUCUCAUCACGUGUCGAAGUACAUGUAUUCCAACCAAUCAAACCAGCUAUCUCAAUUUUAAAGAAGGUACCAAAGAAAUUAUCUGCUAUUAAAAUGAUUGAUUUAAUUGGUAAAGCAUUACAUCCAAAUAAAGUACCAGGCUAUACAUUCAAACAAAGAGAUGAGUUGGUUAAAUUGUUAAUCAGCUAUAUGAAUCCAGCAACUCCACCAAUUGGUAUGAAUAAUCAAGUAAAAGUUGAUGGUGUUAAUGCUUGCUCAACUUUGAUUCACUUAGAACCAAUGAUCACAUUAGAAUUGGAAAAUCAAAUUGUUCAAUUAGUUUUAACUUUUUAUAACUUACAAGUUUCAGCAGCAAAUGCAUCAAAUACCGAAAGUGAUGAAUAUAAAGAAAUUAAUUCACUUGUUACAGCUGUUAAUAAUUUAUUCUCAACUAUUUUAUAUAAUCAAACAAGUAUAGAAUGUUUCAAUAGAUUACUUGGUUAUUUAGAUCCACUCUCACGUUCAAAAGAUGCUCAUGUUCGUGAAAGAUCAAUGUUUUGUAUUUUAUAUUUAGUAAAGAAAUUUAUUGAAUACUCCACAGAAUCACAAGAAUUACCAAAAGAUAAAGUAUUUGAUAAUAUUGGUUCCACCCUUUCAAUUUUAAUUCCACGUUGUACCGACCCAGAAAUCAAUGUAAGAAAAUAUGCUGUUGAAGGUAUUCAAUUAAUGCUUUAUGUAAGCUUUAUGCUCAAGAACACUACAUUAGAAAAUCGUAGAGUUAAACCAAGUGAAGUUUUACACCCAUUAACAUCAAUUCGUGAAGGUAUUACAACCACUGAGGUUAAUGAACAAUUUUCAUUAGUAUUUGAAAUCUCUUCAGUUAUCUCCAAAAUGGUAUCUCUUGAAGAAAUUCCAAAAUUCCUUGAAGGUUCAAUUAAAGGUUUACAAGAUCUCCAAACCUUUAGUACAAAUGGUUCAUGUAUUAUGAUUAACGGUAUUAUCAAAAGUCGUGGUGAAGAACUUAUCGAUUACGUACCUGUUCUUGUAAGAGGAUUAUUAACUGCUAUGGAAGGUAUUACUUCAGAAACCACAAUGAAUGGUACAUUAGUAUCUCUUAGAAGUUUAGCAACUCAUCAUUUAAUUCCAGUACUCACCGUUUUAUUAGAAUACCCAAUGCCACAUUCAAUUCAUGUUAUUAAAUCACUUCAAAUUAUUGGUAAAGAUAAAAAUUUAAUUGGACCAACCAUUAUUCACUUAAUGGAUCUUUUAAAUAAUAAACCUGUAUAUGAAGAUAAACCAGAUCCAAAAGAUAAAAAGAGAAUUAUCCCAUCACCAUUCCCAGUAGCAUUAGCUGCAACAUGUAGUUUAGGUGAAAUUUUACAAUUAUCAGAAAUAGAAGAAAUCGCUAAAUAUUUCUAUCACCAAUUAUUCAGUACUUUGGUAUUAAGAGCAGGUACAUGUAAUAACUCUUUGCCAUGUGUUAUUGAAGCUCCUGCAAAUAAUCCAAAAAUUAAACCAGCCUCAUUAAUACCAUCACAACAAAUGUUAGCAACCUUUAGACAAUUCUUUACUUGCACCAAAGAAGAAGAAACCUGUUUAAAUCCAAUCGAGGGAAAAGGUAGUUUCAACAGAUUAGAAGCCUACGAUUAUCAUGAAGGUAUCAUCGAAAUUACAGGUGUUGUUGCAGCUGCUCAUCCAGAACAUAUUAAAGGUAUUUUUGAAUUCCUUUUACCAUAUCAACGUUCCAAUCAUUUACAACACCGUAUUGUUGUUAUUGCAGUUACCACUGAACUUAUCAAUCAUUGUAAAGAUAAAGAAAUACUUCAAAGAUUAAUCAAUACUCUCCUCAAUUCAUUAGUCGAUCCAUUAGUUAAAUUAAUUUCACUCAAAGGUCUUUCAAAUAUUGUUAGUGCAGGUAUUGAACAAACCAAUCGUUACGCCCCAACUGUUAUCGAUGCCCUUAGUACAUCAAUUGAUGAUCAAGAUGAAGGUAUGGCUAUGGAAUGUAUGUUAGGUCUUUCAAAGAUUUUCGAAGUUGCUGAUGAAGGUCGUGUUGCUCCAAUUCUUGUUAAUAUCUGUAAUCGUAUUAGACCAGCUUUCGAAAAACCAAAUGAUUUUAUUCGUGGUGCAUCAUUCAAACUUUUUGGUUCACUUUGGAGAUUUGGUUCAGGUUCUGCAUGCGAUCCAUUUUAUGAACAAAUUCAUAACAGUUUACCAGCCUUAAUUAUGCAUUUAAAUGAUGAUAAUCCAAUGGUCAAAGAUGCAUGCAAAAAGACUCUCUUUGAAUUAUGUGGUCAAAAUAUUUCAGAAGAUAGAAGCAGACCAUACAAUUUAAUGAGAUCUUUAGAAAUUAUGGAAUACUUUAACAAUAAAUCAAAAGGUUUCCACCCAUCAGUAUCAGAUUCAAGCUCAAUCAACUAUGACGAAUUUUUAUUAGAUUUCUCAAAACUUUUAAUUGUACACUACCCAGAAAGAGUCAAUUACUUUAUUAUGACAGUUAUUGAAUUCUUUAAGAGUGGUUGGGUCACAUUAAAAGGUAACUCUGCAACUUUAACUGGUUUACUUCUUGGUAAUUUAACUGACGAAAAAAGAAUUCAAACAAAUAUCAAUUCAACAAUUAUUACAAAAACUUUAAUUAAUUUAUUAGGUGACAGAAGCUCAAUGGUUAGAAAAAAAGCCGCUGAAUCAUUAGGUUUAUUACACCACUAUUAAAAAAAUUAUAUAUCAAUAAAUAAAAAAAAUAAAUAAAAAUAUAAUAAAUUAUUUAAAAAACU